UCUCUCUCUAUCUUUCUCUCUCUCCGUCAUUGGGGUUAUCUUCUCUUCUUCCUUCCGUUUCUCCUUGGUGGGUCAUCAAUUGAAGCUUCAACAAUGGUAGAUCUUCAGACUGUGUGUUGUAUGUGUGGCGACAUAGGCUUCCCUGACAAGCUCUUCCGCUGCACCAAGUGCCAUGACCGCUUUCAACACUCGUAUUGCAGCAACUACUACAGCGAAUCAUCGGAGCCGAUUGAACACUGUGAUUGGUGCCAAAGUGAGCAGAGAAGUGCCAGACAUGGCGGUUCUUCAAAGAAACCAGCGGCCGGAAAUGAGGCCGGAACCACCAACAGAUCGGAGUAUUCCGGCGACAAGAUCAAGCAACAUGAUCGUGAAGAGAGCACCGAGAAGGGAAAAAGUCCGACUGGAGCACCGUCGCCGCGGCCUACUACUCGCAGGUACAAGCUUCUCAAGGAUGUCAUGUGUUGAAGAAUCAAAGAGGUGGCAUCAAAGCUUCAUGUGUUUAUAUUAGCUAAUAAUACUAGUUGUAAGUGAUUAAAUAUAAGUGCUUAUGGCUCAGUCACUUCUCUUUGUGCUAUGGUUCCAAGUAACUUCGCUAUAUAAUAAAAGGAACUUCAUAUAUAUAUUUGUGAUCGGAUAUGAUGGAGAGUUUCUUUGGUACUCUUUUUCAUGUACAACUAGC